CGGGGCUUCGGUUACCUCGGGCAGUCACGGGUUGAGCUCUGCCAACUGCGAGGAUGGCGGGGAAGCUCAUCGCGGUGAUCGGAGACGAGGACACGGUGACCGGCUUCUUGCUGGGUGGCAUAGGGGAGCUUAACAAGAACCGCCAUCCGAAUUUCUUGGUGGUCGAAAAGGAUACAACCAUCAAUGAGAUCGAAGACACUUUCCGGCAGUUUCUAAACCGAGACGACAUCGGCAUCAUCCUCAUCAACCAGUACAUUGCCGAGAUGGUGCGUCAUGCACUGGACGCCCACCAGCGCUCCAUCCCCGCCGUCCUGGAGAUCCCGUCCAAGGAGCACCCCUAUGACGCUGCCAAGGACUCCAUCCUGCGCAGAGCCAGGGGCAUGUUCACUGCUGAAGACCUGCGCUAGGGGCGCCUCCAGCCCUCCAGCCCCUCCCUCACAGGCUUCUCCCCAGUCUGGCCAUCCGCUCUUCUAUGCGUUCUGAGCCUCCGAUUUCCAACCCCCUGCCCGUUCCCA